AUGGGUAUGACAAGCGGAGAAAGGUCUGCGCUCUGGAGGAAGAGACAACGGGAAAAUCCUAACUUGCAUCAACAAUAUAAAGAAAAAGAAAAAGAGCGCUACUUAAAAAGAAAAGAAAGCGGCCAUAUUAAAUCUGUAAAAGAUAUGAAUGCGAGGGAGAAAAGGAAAACUAGGCGCAAUUGCAAAUAUGGGAAAGAAAUACAGUCAAUGCAUUUUGGGGCGUCACAGCGCCAGAUAUCGAUCCAUACAGGCGUCGCAUAUUUGCAAGGGACUGCAACAGCCUUUAGUACUAUAUCAGACUGCCUGAAACAUUCCCCACCUGCCAUAUGGGCACAUUUGAAUCCAGUGUUACAACACAUGAAAACAAAAUCGUCAGUUGACUCUGUGCAUUUCGUAAGCGAUGGCCCAACCACUCAGUAUCGAUCUAGGUCGAACUUCUUUCUUUUUUCGACUGAAAUAAUCGACAUGGGAUUUAAAUAUAGCACGUGGAACUUUCUAGAAGCUGGUCACGGUAGGGGGGCCCCUGACGGCGUAGGGGCAACAAUUAAACGCCAUGCUGACCAGCUCGUCAAUAGUAAAGGAAUGGACGUCAUGUGCGCUGCGGACCUUAUAGAUGGCCUGAAAGAUACUACAUCGAUACUAAUGUUCGAGAUAAAGGAAGAGGCAGUGGCAAACUACGAAAGUGAAUAUCAAUUUCAGGAGAAUCCUGGGGGCUCCAGCGGUGGCAGUUCUGCCGAUGUUGUUGCCGACGAUUUCAUCCAGAGUACGAACGAUCCGUUCCGGCCACUAGUAUUGAGUGAUUCGCUGAUUGGUUCCUACUGUGUGGUUGAUUAUGAGGGGCUUCCAUAUCCAGGCCUCAUUAUGGAUGUCGACGAAGACACAGUAGAGGUCACGGCCAUGUGUAGAAUAGGUCCUAAUCGUUUCUUUUGGCCACUCGUCGAAGACCGCCUGUGGUACGGCAAUGAAAAGCUUAUAACCCUACUUGAAGAGGAACCGGCAUUGGUCACAAAGCGACACCGCCACAUUGACUCUUGUAUGUGGAAACGCAUCCUCGAGAAAAUGGGGCUUGAUGAAGCGGGAAAGAAGGCUUUAUAACGUGUUAUCCCAUUGGUUGAACUGUAAACUAGUUAUUAAUUUGCUGUUCUAUUCAUGUUUUGAUUGUUUUAAUGCAAUAUUUGUCACACAAUGACUUACUUUAUUGUAUAUACUGCAUGUAGAGCUAGAGGGGCAAAUCGUUAUUGUUAUAGAUGAUUUAACUGAUUUUCCCCAUCU